UAUCAAUACAAAAUGAGAAAGGACAUGAUUGGCUUCUUAUUCAUCUCUUACUAAUAAAUUAAACAUGAAAAAUAAUGUUUGUUAAAGAUAUCUCUCACUGUUUGCAUUUUAGCAAUAUGUGUUAUUGUGUUUGAAAUUAAUCUAGGGGCUGGAUUGAUAAGUUUUUGCCAUAGAUAUUCUGUUUCGUUCGCGGAGAAGACAGACUUUGUAUCAAAUGUCUGUUUCGAUGAAUUUUGUCACGUGAGCAUUAAUUUUUCACCAUUAUAUGAUGGUAAUUUCUGUUGAAUAAACUCCCAUAUCAAAAGUUACAGUAUGGGAGCAAGUCUACUUAAAUAUGUGUAUGGGUGUACUUAAAAAUCAUCUCUGAGCUGGUUCUUGGUAUCUUUGCAUACUGGAAAAUGGGAAGGUACCACUUUGCUCUGUUUUUAUUUUUCAUGUUUCUCAUACCACUUAUCAGCAAUGGAGCCAUGGCUGCUGGGACUGUAGAUGGAUCAGAACAGUGGGGAUAUGUGGAAGUCAGGCCCAAAGCUCACAUGUUCUGGUGGUAUUACAAAAGUCCACAGAGGACUGAAGAUCCAAACAACCCAUGGCCCAUAAUUUUGUGGUUGCAGGGUGGACCUGGGGCGUCGGGAGUUGGAAUUGGAAAUUUUCAGGAGGUUGGGCCAUUGGAUACUUUUCUCAAGCCAAGAAACUCAACAUGGUUGCAAAAGGCUGAUCUCUUGUUUGUGGAUAAUCCAGUAGGGACUGGAUACAGUUUUGUUGAGGAUGAUGCUUCAUUCGCGAAGACUGAUGAAGAGGCUGCAGCAGAUUUGAUCACAUUGUUGAUUUCACUUUUCAACAGCGAUGAAGUCCUCCAAAAGAGCCCUUUGUAUGUAGUAGCUGAGUCUUAUGGAGGAAAAUGGGCAGUCCUGCUUGGAUUAUCAGCAUUAAAGGCUAUUGAAGCAGAAACAUUGAAGCUCAAUCUUGGAGGAAUUGUAUUGGGAGAUACUUGGCUCUCUCCAGAAGAUUUCGUGUUUUCAUGGGCUCCUCUUCUUAAAGAUGUUUCGAGGCUUGACAAUAAAGGCGUAGAGAAAGCUAACAAUCUUACUCAGAAUAUCAAGCAGCAAAUCGAUCAAGGAGAGUAUGAAGCUGCAACUAAUUCAUAUUUUGAACUUGAGGAAGUUAUUGAUGCGUACAGUAAUUCUGUGGAUUUCUACAAUUUCCUCUUGGAUUCUGCAUUUGAUCCUCUCUCCACAACAACUGUUGAACUAUCUCAAAAAGUCAAGUCGAAAAGAAACUCAAGAUAUUUGGCUUCUUUGAGGUCUGUGCCAGGCGGUGAAGCUGAUCUAAACACUUUAAUGAAUGGCGUUCUUAAAGAAAAACUUAAGAUAAUCCCAGAAGAUGUGCAAUGGGGAGGGCAGGCAGGGUCUGUUUUCAUGGCUCUUGCAGAAGAAUUCAUGAAGCCAAGGAUCAAUGAGGUCGAUGAGCUUUUGGCAAAAGGAGUCAAUGUGACAAUUUACAGCGGACAAGUUGAUCUCAUCUGUUCGACCAAAGGAACUGAAGCAUGGGUUGCAAAGCUAAAGUGGGAAGGCAUACAGACUUUUUUAAGCAUGAACAGAAGUCCAUUGUACUGUGGGGGUGAGAAAGGUACAAAGGGAUUCACCAAGUCCUUGAGGAAUUUACACUUCUACUGGAUCCUUAAUGCUGGCCACUAUGUACCAUUGGAUCAACCAUGUGUUUCGCUGGACAUGUUGGAUAACAUUAUGCACUAUUGAUGAGAAACAAUAAUAAUAUGGUGAUUGUGAGUUUCUAAAAUAAUUGGAUGUAAGCUGAGAAGCUGAGAGAAUCUUAUUAUUCAAAUUUUAAAUAAAAUAAAAAUCAAUAUUUCAGAUA